GUGGUUCAUUUAAAACAGCACCGACCGCUGCACACAGUACCUGUCACAUACAGACAUAAUUCGAAGCUGCGACACCCGGUCAACUCACCCGCCGGAUCCGACUUACCCGCAUCUAUAUAUAAUUUACCUAUUAGGUAUAUAUAUAGCUCUGCUAUACAACUCGGCAACAGACACCUUCUCAUCCACUGUUACCCAUCAAAACAAAAUGGAUUACAGACUGAGUGUUUUGGCAAUGGUGUUGGGAGUGGCUGCGAUUGUACUCUCUGCUGACGAAAAAUCAUCGACAUCCGCACCAGAAGCUGAAGCAACGAUCAGAAUUUACCGCAGGCUCAUACCGGCAGAUGUCCUAAGAGAUUUCCCUGGACUGUGUUUCGCGUCGACUAAAUGUGCCACCGUGGAGCCAGGACAUACAUGGGAGCUAUCACCAUUCUGCGGACGUUCCACAUGCGUGCAAGGUGAAGGCACCGACCGACUGUUGGAACUGGUCGAGGACUGUGGUCCAUACCCCAAGUCCAACCCCAAGUGCAAGCUGUCCGAAAAGACCAACAAGACAGCUAGUUUCCCGGACUGCUGUCCCGUGUUCGAAUGCGAGCCCGGCGUUAAGCUCGAAUACCCACCGAUCGCUGGAAUUGAAAGCUCAGAAUCAACCGAUGGCGGCGCCGAAAGCACCUCCACCACGUCCACGGAAAAACCAAAAGCUUGAUGACGAGGGAAACGUGGAAGAUCCAUUAACCCUCAACCCCUACACCCCCUCGCACUACAGUCAUCAUCCCCACAACAUCGCCCCGCGCACUUCUCAUUAUUAUUAAUAUUACAUACCUAUAUUUUUUUUUUAUUUUUUUUUAUUUUUUUUGUAACACGACUCACUGUAAACGAAAUGUUUGGAAAAAAUUCUGUUGUACAAUUUAUAUAUAUUUAUAUAUAUUAUACUACCUAUAUUUACAUACGUGUAUCUAUAAAACAUGUACACAUAUUACUAGAUUAAAAUGUCAUAAUUAUGAUGAUAA